CUUGGGGCUACUACUUACUGCAUCUGAAAGGCUGAAACUCACUGGGAAUAAAGAAUUCUUGUAGCAAUGCCGGAACCCACCAAGAAAGAUGAGACUGAAGCUGAAAAUGCACUACCACCUCCAGAACAAAAAACAUCACAGGAGGGUGAAACUGGAAAGGGUAAAGACACGGACAUCAGAGAAAUGGCAUCUUCCUCAGAUGAAGAUGACACUUCAGUUAGUACUCCACCAGAAGAUGGGAUGUCUAAGCCAGCGGAAAGAAAAGAUUCAGUAUGGUCUAUUGGAGAAGGAGCUCCAGAAGACGCAGAAAAACGCGAUGACUCCCAAAGAUCCACUUUAUUUGUCGAAAAACCUCAGAGCGGUUCGGUGAGCGUUGGCGGGAAUAUUACAUUUAUAGCCAAAGUAGAAGCCAAAGAUCUUCUCCGAAAGCCAAAUGUUAAGUGGUUUAAAGGCAAAUGGAUGGACCUGGCCAGUAAAGCGGGGAAGCAUCUGCAGCUGAAAGAGUCUUUUGAGCGUCACACUAAGAUUCACACAUUUGAGAUGCAUAUCAUUCAAGCUAAACAAAACUAUGCAGGGAACUAUCGCUGUGAAGUAUCUUAUAAGGACAAGUUUGAUAGUUGCUCUUUUGACCUUGAAGUCACUGAAUCUUCCCAAGCUGCUCCAUCCAUUGACAUCAGAUCUGCUUUCAAAAGAAGCGGUGAUGGACAAGACGAUGCAGGAGAACUUGACUUUAGUGGUCUCCUGAAACGUAGGGAGGUUAAGCCACAAGAGGAAGAACCUGAGGUGGAUGUGUGGGAGCUCCUGAAGAAUGCCAAUCCCAGUGAAUAUGAGAAGAUCGCUUUUCAGUAUGGUAUCACUGACCUGAGAGGCAUGUUAAAGCGUCUGAAGCGCAUGCGCAGGGAAGUGAAGAAGAGUGCAGCUUUUGCCAAAGGUCUUGAUCCUGCAUAUCAGGUGGACAAAGGAGGCAAAGUGAGGUUCAUGGUGGAGCUAGCAGAUCCAACAGUGGAACUCAAGUGGUAUAAAAAUGGCCAAGAAAUACGACCAAGUGCAAAAUACAUUUUUGAGCACAAAGGUAACCAGCGAAUUUUAUUCAUCAAUAAUUGUUCAAUGACAGACGAUGCUCGCUAUUACGUAACAGCUGGUGAUGAGAAAUGCUCCACAGAACUGUUUGUGAGAGAUCCUCCAAUUUUGGUGACCAAAGGCCUGGAGGAUACCAACACUUAUGUUGGUGAACGAGUAGAACUGAGCUGUGAAGUGUCUGAGGAUGAUGCAAAUGUGAAAUGGUUUAGGAAUGGUGUGGAACUUACCAAUGAAGCUAAAUCUCGGUAUCGAAUCAAGGUUGAGGGUAAAAAACACACUUUGAUCAUAGAGGAAGCUGCAAAAAAUGACAGUGGAACUUACUCAGUAAUGACAACUGGAGGCCAGUCAGAAGCCAAGCUUUCAGUUGACUUGAGACCACUGAAGAUAUCACUUGCACUACAAGACCAGACUGUGAGGCUUGGACAGGAAAUUCACCUGAAGUGUGAGAUAUCUGAGAAUGUGGAAGGAAAAUGGUACAAAAAUGGGCAAUUGGUCGAAGCUAGUGACCGUGUAAAGCUUUAUCACAAAGGAAGAAUCCACAGAUUCGUUAUAGCAAGCGCUGCUGUUGAUGAUGAGGGUGAAUAUAUGUUUGUACCAGAUGCCUACAAUAUUAAUAUUCCAUGCAAAGUACAUGUUGUGGAUCCUCCUAAACUCCACCUGGAUGGUCUUGGGGAAGGUAACACUGUGACAGUAGUGGCAGGAAGCAAACUACGACUUGAGAUCCCCAUCACUGGCGAGCCAACUCCAAAAGUCAUGUGGAGUAAAGGGGACAAGUGGAUCACAGACAGUGGAAGAAUACGGGCAGAAACCUAUCCAGACAGCAGCUGUCUGGUCAUUGAUGCAGCUGAGAGGGAAGAUUCAGGUCCUUUCAGAAUAGCAUUAAAGAAUGAGGCCGGAGAGGAUACAGCUCUAAUCAACAUUAAAGUGGUUGAUGUUCCUGAUCCUCCUCAGGCACCAAAUGUGACUGAGGUAGGUGAAGACUGGUGUGUUAUGACCUGGGAACCUCCAGCAAAUGAUGGUGGAUCACCCAUCUUAGGAUAUUUCAUUGAAAGGAAAAAGAAACAAAGCUCCAGGUGGAUGAGGUUGAAUUUUGAACUGUGCAAAGAAACAACUUUUGAGCCAAAGAAGAUGAUUGAAGGUGUUGCUUAUGAGGUCCGUGUGUUUGCUGUUAAUGCGAUAGGCAUUUCCAAACCAAGUAUGCCUUCAAAGUCUUUUGUUCCUUUAGCUGUUACCAGUCCACCCACUCUCCUGGCAGUGGAUGGAGUGACCGAUACCUCCGUUACGAUGAAGUGGAGGCCACCAGACCACAUCGGCGCGGCAGGCUUAGACGGCUAUGUUGUAGAGUACUGCUUCGAAGGAAGUAAGUGCUCUCACUUUAAGGCAGAGACUAUUCAUCAGCAGCAGGGUUUUGUUCAGGAUUCCUUUGAUGGAUUCUCACAAGGUAUAUCGACAGAUCUGUCUGAGGAAUUGGUGGAGCCACCUUUUAACCUGGAAGCUGAUGAAUGGAUCGUGGCUAACCCAGAGCUGACGGACAAAACGAAGUUUACUAUCAAUGGCCUACCGACUGGGUCAAAAAUCCUUGUAAGAGUAAAAGCUGUGAAUGCUGCUGGUGAAAGUGAGCCCAGGUACCACCCACAGCCUAUUUUAGUCAAGGAAGUGGUAGAACCUCCAAAGAUUCGUCUACCAAGACACUUAAAACAAACCUAUACUCGAAGAGUUGGAGAAACUGUAAAUCUUGUUAUUCCUUUCCAGGGAAAACCAAGGGCAAAAGUAUCAUGGCAGAAAAAUGGUUCUCCAAUUGACAAGAACCAAAUCAACAUCCGCAACACUGAGAAUGACACUAUCAUCUUCAUCCGAAAGGCAGAAAGGAGCCACUCUGGAGAAUAUAACAUGAAAGUGGAAGUAGAGAACUUGGAGGACAAAGCUACGAUAGAUAUUCAGAUUGUUGAUCGCCCAGGCCCACCAGAGGUUGUAACUAUUGAGGAAGUCUGGGGAGAGAAUGUAAAUUUAUCAUGGAAGCCACCAAAAGAUGAUGGCAAUGCUGCCAUUACUGGGUACACUAUUCAAAAAGCAGAUAAGAAGAGUAUGGAAUGGUUCACGGUAAUGGAGCACUACCACCGCACCAGUGCCACCAUCAACGAGCUCGUCAUAGGAAAUGAGUACUACUUCCGCAUCUUCUCCGAAAACAUGUGCGGCCUCAGCGAGGAUGCAACCAUGACCAAAGAGAGCGCCUUGAUUGCAAAGGAUGGCAAAGUCUACAAAUAUCCAGUUUACGACGAUUUUGACUUCAGUGAACGGCCAUUGUUUACUCAGCCUCUAGUCAACACAUUUGCUGUAGCUGGUUACAACGCUACUUUGAACUGCAGCGUUCGGGGCAACCCCAAGCCCAAAAUAACCUGGCUGAAAAACAAAGUCAUUAUAAUGAAUGACCCAAAGUACCGAAUGUUCAGCAACCAAGGUGUCUGUACCUUGGAGAUCCGCAAACCCAGCCCCUAUGAUGGAGGUACUUACACCUGCCAAGCAGUCAAUCAGCUUGGAGAGGCAGAAGUUGAUUGCAAACUGGAAGUAAAAGUGAUAUAUCAUGGAGUAAUUAACCCAGGAGAACCAUUCUUCUUGGCGGGGAAUAAUCAGUUACACAGUAAGGAUUUUUGAAUGUAUAUUGUCAUCUAAGGUGGGCUUUCGUUCUUCAGACUAUUGAUGGAUGGAGUGCCUCCGCAUAUCAUUAAUUCAUAUAUGCGUGAAGUACAGGGAGACAAAACUGAGGGGAAG